UUCCCGCUUUCUCUCAGUCCUAUCCAAUACAGACAUCUCUCUCCCUCUCUCUCCUAUAAUGACGGCUACAGCGUUUGGGAUCUGCUUGUGGUUGGCCGUUACGGCUUCCUUUCUCUUAACAGCUACAAACGCCAAAAUCCCCGGCGUUUACAGCGGCGGACCGUGGCAGAACGCACACGCCACUUUCUACGGCGGUAGUGACGCCUCCGGAACCAUGGGUGGCGCGUGUGGAUACGGGAACUUGUACAGCCAAGGAUACGGUGUGAACACGGCGGCCUUGAGCACUGCUCUGUUCAACAACGGCUUUAGCUGCGGUGCUUGCUUCGAGAUUAAGUGUACCGACGACCCGAGAUGGUGUGUUCCGGGAAAUCCUUCGAUUCUUGUGACGGCGACGAACUUUUGUCCGCCGAAUUUCGCUCAGCUGAGUGAUGACGGAGGAUGGUGCAAUCCGCCGCGUGAGCACUUUGAUCUCGCUAUGCCUAUGUUCCUCAAGAUCGGUCUCUACCGUGCAGGCAUUGUCCCCGUCUCCUAUCGCAGGUCUCUCUCUCUCUGAUUUUUUUUGUCCUUUUCCAAAUCUUUUUUACUUUUCUGCAUCGUUUUGGUUUUUCCGGUAAUAAUAAUAUAAUUUGGUGAAUCAGUAAGAAUUUAACUGUACACUAGGGUGAAGAUAUUACACAAUAGUAACUUUUGCAAAUCUAAUUUAUGUUAAAUGAGAUUCAUGUUUUGAUGGGAAAUAGUGUUUUAUUGUGUAAAGAAAACUAAUUAGAGGCUUUCUUGUUUGAUUACUCGCUAUGCUAGAAAAUUGAGUAAAUUUUUAUAAAGACUCUUUUUGUUCUAAAAUGCAAAUGUCUUGAUUUUUUUAAAAUGACGUAUUUUAUUUGUCCACAAUAUUUUCUUUUUUAGGUGCUCUACUUUUAUGUAUACUUGUACCGACUACCGAACAUGUUAUGAUUUUUAUUAUCUCUGUGUGUUUUGUUUUCUUCUAGGUUUCUUCUAGCACUUUUUAGAUAACGGCCUAUGAGUUUCAGACUUCAGAAACUGAAACCAUCGCUCUCAAUAGUAUUAUUAUUAUUACUUACUUUGUUUUUUACUCUGAAACAGUUUAUAUUAAUUUAUAAGUAUUUCAAUUUAUCUUUUCGGGAAAAGAAGCAGGACACACUAACCUAGAGAUCCAUCUCUCUCUCUCUCCCUCUUCAUCUCUCUUGUCUUGUUGUUAAUAAUUUGUCUGAACUCUCUGUUU